UCAGGAGGAAUACCAUUAAAAAGUGGGUGGAGUCGACAACUUUACCAUGGAGAUGGUUGUCAAAGGAAAAUUUCAAUAGAAGAAAAUACAGAUCGGUCAGAAGUGGCGCCAUCUGACUUUGUGUCGUUUUAAGGUGUCCCUGGCCUCUCGCCUGCUCAGUGAGGUGGGGUUACUGGUGCAUCAAUGAUGGCAAAUACAACAGGAGGAUUUCACACCUUAAUUUCACCUUUAAAUUAUAAAAAUGAAGAUAAUUGUAUUGUGGAAACUAAGCAGGAAUCUACCUUAUAUGAUGAGGCUCAAUUUCCAUCUUCACCAGUUAAAGAAGAAUCAGUCUUGGAUGAAGAAAGAAACCUCACAGACACUGACAUGUAUACACCUGCAGAUCAUACACAGUAUACAUCUCAUAUAAAGGAGGAAUUGGACUCAUUUCCUGGAGGAAACCUCACAAAAUCUGACAUUUAUACACCCACAUACCAUACACAGUCUACAUCUCAUAUUAAGGAGGAACCAGUCUCAUGUGAUGGAGGAGACCUCACAAACACUGAUACACCCACAGAUCAUACACAGUAUACAUCUACUCCUAUUAAGGAAGAACCAGUCUCAUGUGAUGGAGGAGACCUCACAGACAUUAACACACUCACAUAUCAUACACAGUAUACAUCUACUCAUAUUAAAGAAGAAUCAGUAUCAUGUGAUGGAGGAGACCUCACACACACUGACAUGUAUACACCCACAGAUCAUAUACAGCUUACAUCUCAUAUUAAGGAGAAACCAGUCUCAUCUAAAGAAGAUGACCUGGCAGACAAUUAUACACUAGUUCGUAUUAAGGAAGAAUCUGUCUCAGGUGAAGAAGAAAACCUCACGGACACAGACAUUUAUGCCUCCACUGAAAAUUCAUCUUCACAUUUUAAUGAAGAAUGGAAUCCACAUGAAGAAGAAAACACCAGUGAAGCAGAAGAGAAAUCCUAUCCUUGCUCUCAGUGCAGAAAGCAGUUUCGCCGUAAAUCACAUCUUAUCAGACAUCAGAAAAUCCACACCGGGGUGAAACCGUUUUCAUGCUGCUACUGCGGCAAGUGUUUCACCCGACUCGAACAAUGUGCGGCGCACCAAAAAACCCACACCGGGGAGAAACCAUAUUCUUGCUCUUACUGCAACAAGGGUUUUUCCCAAAAGUCACAUGUAACUGUGCACGAAAGAACUCACACAGGAAACAAACCGUUUGCCUGCUCCUAUUGCGGGAAGCGGUUUUCCCAGAAAGCACGACUGCUAAUACAUGAGAAGUACCACACUGAUGACAAAAGGUUUUCCUGCUCUUUCUGCGGGAAGUGCUUCCUAAGGGAAGGGCAAUGUGAGGCACACCAGAGAACUCACACAGGAGAGAAACCCUACCCAUGCUCCUUCUGCGACAAAGGCUUUAGCCAGCGAGCGCAGCUUGUGAUCCACGAGAGAGUUCACACCGGGGAGAAGCCAGUCGCCUGCCCUGACUGCGGCAAACGUUUCUCCCAACGGUCAAAUCUCAUCACGCAUCAGAGGAUUCACACCGGCGAGAAACCCUUCUCCUGCUCUCAGUGCGGGAAGUCCUUCAACACCCAGACAAGCCUCGUUUUGCACCGGAGAGGCCAUACGGGAGAGAAACCGUACGCAUGCGCAGAGUGCGGGAAGCGUUUCACUCACAAGUCAGUCUACAUUAAGCACCAAAGAGUCCACACGGGGGAAAAACCAUUUUCCUGCUCCAUUUGUGGGAAGUGUUUCUCCCAGAAGGCGCCGCUGGUGACUCACCAGAGGACACACACAGGAGAAAAACCUUAUUCCUGUUCCGACUGCGGGAAGAGAUUCUCCCAGAAGGGCCACCUCAUCACUCACCAGAGAAUUCACACCGGGGAGAAGCCAUUUACCUGCUCUGAAUGUGGGACUAGUUUCAACACUCACUCCAGUCUUGUUUUCCACCAAAGACUUCACACCGGAGAGAAACCGUAUCCGUGUUCCGUCUGUGGGAAAAGUUACACCAAUAAGUCGCAGUUGGUCAAGCACCAGAAGAUUCACACCGGAGUGAAGCCGUUCGCAUGCUCUGAGUGCGGAAAGUGCUUCACCCGCAAGGCCGAUUAUGUGGUCCAUCAGAGAGUUCAUACCGGGGAGAAGCCCUAUCCCUGUUCAGAGUGUGGGAAGCGGUUUAGCAUUCACCAAAACCUUGUCUUACACCAGAGGAUACACACCGGCGAGAAACUGUGCUUUUGCUCCGAAUGUGGGAAGUGUUUUACCCGCAAAGCUGAUUUCGUGGUCCACCAGAGAGUUCACACUGGGGAGAAACCUUUUACGUGUUCGGAAUGCGGGAAAAGCUUUAGCAUACACCAGAACCUCAUCUUGCACCAGAGAAUACACACCGGAGAGAAACCGUAUUUUUGCUCCGAAUGUGGGAAAAGUUUUGGACAGAAGUGCACCCUGACUCGACAUCUGAGAGUUCACAAAGGCAGUAAACCCAGUUCUUCGAAAUAACUCAUUAAAAAGGUUAAUUCACCUUGUAA